AGCUCCCUUUAUGCAGCUGUGGUGGUCAGCCAAUCAGCUGAGGGUCAGUUAGUUCAAACUUCCCGCCAAGAAAACCUAUUUACAUAACAGGAAUCAGAGCAGCAAAGUUAGGAAGGAAUCAUCCUUUAACAGAAGAAGAGCUGAGAGGGACCUUGGAGGUCUUCUAGUCACUACAAGAUCUCCAAGAUCUCUUCCCCCCCCCCACCCCAACUCUGUUAUUCUGUUAAAGGACGAGUCCCUUCUAACUGUGCUGCUCAACAUCGCUUUCCCUUCCCUCCCCCCCCCUUCCCUGGGCUUCGUCCCCUCCCUCUGUCCCCGUUUCCCUGAUUGCCUCGGGAGAAGCAGCCCUGGACUCCCUGCCCAGCUGAGCAUCCCACGCGGGACCGCUUCCCCCCUUGCAAAAGGAAGGGCGCAGGCAGGGGGACCCCCGAGUGGGCGGCGUCCUCCCCUCCUUUAGAGAAUGGGAGGAGCUGGACGGGGAGGGGAGGAGCUAUAAGAGCCUCCUGCUUGGGGUCUGCAAAGUCCUGGCUGGGGCCGUUCCGAGAAGGGGGAUCCACGUGCGUGGCCGGGAAGGAAGGAAGGAAGGGAGCGUGACUGCGUGGAAAACGGAUCGCGGAUCCGUUCCUGAGCGCAUCUUUUUGGGAAGCGGAGUCCGGGCGAGGAAGAGAGCCGCCUCUUUCCUAUCGAGCGCCAGACACUCUCAUGGCCUCGUCUUCAUCUCCUGGAACCUCGGUUCUUUGUAGCGGAGGAUUAACAGCGGUUGAGCUUCCGACUCAGGAUUUGGUAUCGCUUGAGGAUGUAGCUGUGUUUUUCUCCGUGGAGGAGUGGGCCCUGCUGGAUUCUGAGCAAAGAGCCUUGUACCGGGAGGUCAUGCUGGAAAACAAGAGGAACGUUGCCUCCUUAGCAGGUGACGGAUGGGAGAUGGAGGAUUCUGGCCAAGAGGCAGCAGCGUCUUUGCCAAAAGACAAAAAAGAAGUUGCAGAAAAAAUAUAUGGAAAGCAAAGUUCUGAGGAAAGCCAGUUAACGGUUGAGCUGGAGAAUUGCUCUGGUUUACCUUGUCCAGAUCCCAAUGUCUUAUUGGACACAGAUGAUUGCGAAAAAAAAAGAAGUGUGUUCAAGGUGUGGGAAAACACUCCGAGACGAAUUGGGAUUAUGUGAGU